AGGACGUUCGGUGACUCACGGCCGGAAAAGCACAAAGAGCUGCACAGGGCUAUUUUUUCUUUAUUUAUAGUCUCUUUUUCUCGGUGGACGGAACCAUUCUGAUGCUGAAUCGUGAGAGAGGGGGGGUAUAUAGUGCAGGAACCGACGAACAUCGAAUUUCCAGUGUUUCUUCAUGCCCCAAACCUCCCCGCGCAGCUCGGGCCUCUUGGAGUCUGCCCCGUCUGUUUAAACCGAAAGGACACCCAAACCGACUCGUCAAUGCAAAAAAUAAAAGGGUUGCUUGAAGCAGGGGCACGGGGAACGGAGGUGUAAAUAGAAGGCAAAUGCUCUCGAUCGCUCGCUCUCCCUUUUAUUUAUAGAACUAAUUCAUUAUUAAGUAAAAUAACAACACGGAGGAACGCCUCCACGGGGAGAGGCAAACGCUCGUGCUUUUGAUAUACUUUCUAUAGAGAUAAUAACACAGCCUAUGUAUUCACAUAUGUGUAAAUAUUUUCAUUGCUAAAACUAUAGAAGGACCUUCUGCGCGUGCACGGCUAAGUCAUACAAUAACUGUCGCUACUUCUGAAGCUUCUACUACGGGCUGCUACACUGAUAUCGCGACUACUACGAAUCCUCCCGGGUGAGAAGAUGGCAACUUUAACGAACGGGCAGGUGGACAGCACGGGACACGGCGGCGCGGGCAGCACGAACGGGCUCGUGAACGGAUUAAGCCACAGUCACAGUCCCGCGAGCUGCGCCACCAUUCCCAUGAAGGACCACGAUGCCAUCAAAUUGUUCAUCGGGCAGAUCCCACGUAACCUGGACGAGAAGGACCUCCGACCCCUCUUCGAGGAAUUUGGCAAGAUCUACGAGCUCACGGUCCUGAAGGACCGCUUCACCGGCGUGCACAAAGGCUGUGCGUUUCUCACCUACUGUGCGAGGGAAUCGGCACUGAAAGCUCAGAGCGCACUCCACGAGCAGAAGACCUUGCCAGGGAUGAACAGACCGAUCCAGGUGAAACCAGCGGACAGCGAGAGCAGAGGAGAAGACAGAAAACUCUUUGUGGGCAUGCUCAACAAGCAGCAGUCGGAGGACGACGUGCGGCGUCUGUUCGAGGCUUUCGGCGGCAUCGAGGAGUGCACCAUCCUCAGAGGCCCCGACGGAAACAGCAAAGGCUGUGCAUUCGUGAAGUACUCCUCUCACGCUGAGGCUCAGGCAGCUAUUAGUGCUCUACACGGGAGUCAGACCAUGCCGGGUGCCUCCUCCAGCCUGGUGGUCAAGUUCGCCGACACGGACAAGGAGCGGACCAUCCGGCGCAUGCAGCAGAUGGCGGGACAGAUGGGCAUCUUCAACCCCAUGGCCCUGCAGUUCGGGGCCUACGGGGCCUACGCUCAGGCACAGGUGCAGCAGCAGGCGGCGUUGAUGGCGUCGGUGGGGCAGGGCGGGUACCUCAGCCCCAUGGCAGCCUUCGCCGCCGCACAGAUGCAGCACAUGGCCACCAUCAACGGGCUGCCGGGCGGGCCCCUCACCCCCACCUCAGGUGGCAGCACGCCUCCAGGUGUAACUGCCCCCACGGUGACCAGCAUGCCAUCCCCCAUCAGUGUGAACGGCUUCACGGGCCUCCCGCCCCCCCAGGCAAACGGCCAGCCCCCCGCCGAGGCCGUCUUCACCAACGGGAUCCACCCUUACCCAGUUUUACAGGAGAUCAUAUUUAGAGAGGACUCGGAGAAGGGAGAAGUGGGCGUGGCUCAGCGGAGUUGUUUUGGUGUUCAGGGGAGCUGCUUCCUCUCCUCUCUAACUGAAGCUCAGAGUCCCACAGCCGCUGACCCCUUACAGCAGGCCUAUGCAGGAGUCCAGCAGUACGCAGCAGCCUACCCUGCUGCAUACGGACAGAUCAGCCAGGCCUUCCCCCAGCCUCCCCCCCUCAUCCCACAGCAACAGAGAGAAGGGCCGGAGGGGUGUAACCUGUUUAUCUACCACCUCCCUCAGGAGUUUGGAGACGGCGAGCUCAUGCAGUCCUUCCUGCCUUUCGGUAAUGUCAUCUCCUCCAAAGUGUUUGUGGAUCGGGCGACAAACCAAAGUAAAUGCUUUGGUUUCGUCAGCUUCGAUAACCCCGCCAGCGCCCAGGCGGCCAUCCAAUCAAUGAACGGCUUUCAGAUCGGCAUGAAGCGCCUAAAGGUGCAGCUGAAGAGGCCGAAAGACGCUAACCGCCCCUACUAGCCCCGCCCCCUCCCCCCCCCAC